UGAACGCUGUAAAGAAUGUAAACAAUUUGCAAGGAGAAAUGUUGAUAAUAUGAAUGUUAACCCUACUCGAUUAAUUGGAAUGAGUUCUAAUAAUGCCACAAAAUUUGAUCAGUUAUAUUCUAAACCAUCGGUAAGAUAUAAUUGCCUAUUAGGCAUUGAUGAAACCCAGUUGCCAAAAG